CUCGAUGCAUUUACUCAGUCUUGCUGUCAUGGCGGCGGCCGGUAGCAAAGGUUCUAAUUCUUCAGAAGCCUCUUUUGAGGCGUCCACGCUUCAGUACAGCCUCAUUCUAGACCACCUAGUCGGGGAAAAAAGGCGUCCCCGAGAGCUACCCGCUGGAGUCACGGGAGGCCUCCCGAGUCCUCAGAAAAGCGACGAGCAGAAGAUGAUCGAGAGAGGAAUGGAGAGCUGCGCGUUCAAGGCGGCACUGGCGUGUGUCGGAGGUUUUGUUCUUGGGGGAGCGUUUGGCAUAUUUACUGCGGGCAUUGACACAAAUGUCGGAUUUGACCCCAAAGACCCCUUAAGAACUCCAACUGCAAAGGAAGUGCUGAGAGACAUGGGGCAGCGAGGGAUGUCUUAUGCCAAAAACUUUGCUAUUGUAGGUGCGAUGUUUUCCUGCACAGAAUGCUUAAUUGAAUCGUAUCGAGGGAAGUCUGACUGGAAGAAUGCCGUUCUUAGUGGUUGUGUAACAGGGGGAGCAAUUGGUUUUAGAGCUGGACUGAAAGCUGGAGUGAUUGGGUGUGGAGGCUUUGCUGCGUUCUCGGCAGCGAUCGAGUACUAUUUACGGUAAUGCUGAUCUCUGCAUCAGAGGGGACGCUGCAGCAGUGGCUGUCAACUGUGGGCCACUAGGUGGCCACCAUCUGGCUACUGGCCAAACUCUGUGCAAAUGGAACCCAAGGGGCUGCCCUUAUUAUGUGAACAGUGAGGUUUGGAUGCCUGUAAGCCAGCACUCAUUUAUUUCAGUAUGUAACUUUUUAUUUGUUCAUCGAUGUAUUAAGGAAGCAAAUGCAGUUGUAUAAAUGAUCAUGAAGGAGGACAUCAACAGUAAAACUAAGAGCUUCGAACUGUCCGUUUUGUAAGUCUCUGAAGCCGAUUACAUAGAAGUAUCACAUACAGGAAACAAAUGCCAAGAGAUGGAAUCCUAACCCCUUGAAAAAUACUGCUUUGGAGUGCCAUGCCUGCUGCAGAGCUCCACCUGAUAGACCUGAGCACAAAAUCUUUGCAGAUGUCCAUGCUGAACAGACGUGUCAAACCUGCUUGGGUCUGGAGAUUGAAAGUAAGCUGGGUACAGAAUCAACAUCUAAAAAAUGGACCACUUUUUAACUGUUAAUCCAAUUGAAAGUCGUGGUUUGGGGAUGGGAUUGUGGCCCUUGUAAACGUCAACAGAUGUCACUAAGCUGCACAGAGUGAAAAUGGAAGUAAAAUAUGUACAUACAUUGUCUCAAAUUGGGGGCUUCAGUGAUGCAUUAGGGUGGGAUUCUAGUAGGCUUUCAGCCUGGUGCAAGUCCUAACAUCUUUUCUUAGGCAUCGGGUCAGUAAUGAGUUGUUCCAAUGUUUAUAAUGACAUGAUUCCAUUUGAUAGAUUGAAUAAAAAUAAUUUGGUGACA